CUGGCACCCACGCGUCCCUGGCACGAGUGAAUGAUGUCCCGUCCUUCUCCAUCGCCCGUUUUCACCCUGAGGGGGGCGGGCGGCCCCGUUAACACCCUCCACUUUAGCUGCAGUGGAGGGGACACUCCCCUCCUGUACUCUGGGUCUGGAAAGGGUGCGAUUCACAUCUGGAACCUGCACAGCCGGAGGGCUGAGACGAUCGUCGAGGGACAUUCUGGGACUUCAGUCCUCUGGGUCAGCGGGCUGGAGCGGACGGACGCCCUGAUCAGUCAGGGCCGGGACAUGCAGGUGUGUGUGUGGGAUCUGAGCCAGGGACGCCAGGAGCUCGUGGAGUCUCUGUGGACGGGCAGCGUCGGCUUCUGCCAGUGCUCGCUGCUGGAGACGAGCUCCACAACCCGCCUGCUGGCCUUCGCUGGCCCGCAGACCGGAGAGAUAAAGAUUGUGGAGCUGCCCAGUAAGAGCCCGGUCUGCACGCUGGAACCAGAGACGACGCUGGGAAUGGUCAUGUGCUUAAAACUGUGGCAGCCAGACGCCGGUCCCGGACCGCUCCUGCUGGCCGGAUACGAGGACGGUUCUCUGGUGCUGUGGGACGUGACCCAGAGGUCCGAGCUGAGCCGAGUCAGAGCCCACGCUGAGCCCGUCAUGUGCCUGACCUUUGACCCCCAGCGGCUGAAGGGAAUAUCAGGCUCCACCGAGAAGGAACUCUCCUCCUGGAUCCUGGACAGUCAGAACAACAUACAGCUGCAGGACUCUCUGACGAUGGUGAAUCCAGGGGUUUCCCAGCUGUGUCUCCGUGACGACGGCAGGCUGCUGGCAUCGGCCGGCUGGGACCACCGCGUGCGGAUCUUUGGCUGGAAGAAGCUGCGGCCGCUGGCCGUGCUCCAGUACCACAGUGACAUGGUGCUCAGCGUGGCCUUCUCCGACCACCGGGAACCCAAACAAAGGCUGCUGGCGGCCGGAUCCAAGGACCAGCGGGUCAGCCUGUGGUCCGUCUACAACCAGGGAGCGGACACGGGCUGAGUCUGAGCUCCGGGGGGAUUACAGACGUCUGC